AUUAGGGAUUCAAACUCUCAGUUCCCAGCUGAAAUUCCGGGUGGUCGGACAGACCCGCACCGAAUCCAGAAAAAAACAACAUCUUGGAAACACCGAUUACAAUUGGAUUCAACCGAGAACGAUGUCGCAACUGAUGGAGAUGACCCGCCACGUGACCUCUUGGCUUGGCUGGACACCGACGCCCAUAUGCGACGUCGAGGCGGAGGAAGAGCCGAUGCAGGAAUCAUCCGGCAUUAUGACCGUACUGGUUCUCUACCUGGGCAUGGCCGGCAUCUUUGCGGUCCUGAGUCUCUGCACCACGACCAGCGACGACCAGGUGCGGGCUCGGGCCAAGCGGGAACUGGUGGCCAUGGAGCGCCGCCAGUUGCAGCGCCUGGAGCGGCAGGGCAGGACAACUGGCUUAACUCUGCCGCCGAACUGGCCGACCGCCAUGCCAUCGCUGAUCCGCGAAGUGGCUGCUCCAAGGCGUCCAGUCGUUCAGCUGCAAGAGCAAGAGCGAUUGCAGAUGCGUCUGCUCCAGCUGACGGAUCAGAAGGAGCAGGAGUUGCCGGAUUCUCAGGCUUGGCACGAUGCUGUGGAUGUGGAAGAGGAGGAGCAGCAGGCCACCAGUUGCCUCGCUCCCAAGAGCCAAAAUUCCACGUUCUUUGACCUUCCCUUGGACUCUGAAUGAAUCCCAUCCACCCGAAGAACUAUUCCAAAUCAUAGCGUAGCGGCAUGAGUUCACAAAUAAACAAGUCCCCACAUAUUAA